CCUCAGUCGGUCCACUGAUGAGAGAGAAGUGCCCCUCUGCCUCUUUCUCGACCGCAGAAGUCUCCACAAAUAUCCUCUCCCAAACUCAGCCAAAAUCUCGCAGCCAAAAAACCCUAAAUCUCUCUCGCUAGAUUCUAAUGGCUUCCUCUAGGUUCUUCGUCUUCUCCUUCCUCCUCCUCUUCGCCUCCACGUCCGCCAUUGAAUCGAGCAAGGUCUCCGUCGCUGUCUACUACGAGUCCCUCUGCCCUUACUGCUCCAACUUCAUCGUCAACUACCUCGCCAAGAUCUUCGACGCCGGUCUCAUCGACAUCGUCGAUCUCAAGAUGAUCCCCUACGGCAACGCCAAGAUCAAACCCAACGGCACCAUCUCGUGCCAGCAUGGUCCUAAUGAAUGCUUAUUGAACACUAUUGAAGCUUGUGCAAUCAGCGUUUGGCCUGAACUGCUUGAAUUUCAGUAUGCAGAGCAAACCGAUUCUCUUCAGCCCCCACACAAAUAUGUUCCAUGGGUAGUAGUGAAUGGGCAGCCACUAUACGAAGAUUACGAGAAUGUCCAAUCCUACAUAUGCAAAGCUUAUGAAGGUGAACCCUCAAAGGCAUGUGAAGAACUGCCCCUUAUCACUACCCCAGAAGCAAAAGCAAACCAAGAACAUCGUGUCUCUCGUGCUAAGAUGAUAAUGGCUCCAGUCCAACAAGCUGACAAACACGAUUUCUAGACAGAGAUACUGUGCAAAACUGUAGAUGAGCUUUGGAGUUUGCUUAAAUUCAGGUAACUGUUGUGUUAAAAUCACGAACUGUUCCCGGUGCUAAGUAACAUCUCUCUUUUAAACAUCAAUCGCAUGCGGUUAUUGCGUUGGUGUGAUACUGUCAAUGAUAUAGUAGCAUGCGGUUAUUGCGUUGGUGUGAUACUGUCAAUGAUAUAGUAGGAUGUGCGUAAUGAUCUAACACAUUAUAUUUUACCAUAGUGUCCAUUUCUCUCCUUUAGACCGAUCUGAUGUCUAUCAAGUUGUUCAAGCAUCCAACUGUACGCAGAUGCUUUUUGCUCCCUAGUUCAAGUUAUAAAGAGAUUGUAUUUGUCAUUAUUGUCCUUGUUAUAGAUAAAGGAUGUGCGUAUUGAUAUUAGAUUUACCAGAAGUAUAAAUGUCCACUUCUCUA